CGGGAUUCUGUAUAGCGCAUCAUCCUGGGAAAAGUGUUUGCAUUCCAAUAGUGCUGGCGACAUGAUGUGGCUCUUGGCCAGUGCCUUGGGAAGUGGAUGAUCGCGGUUUCUUGGCUCCAAGCACAUGGCCCAAGGGAACCGCGUCAAUGCAGGGAUUUCAGGGCUCCGUGUCCUGCUUCAGAAUGCGCGAACGCUGUCCUGCCGUAAGGCACGGCCUUUCAUACUGUGCAAAGUUGCUUUUGAGCAAGGAACCCAGAUAUGGCUGACGUGAUGCAAGAGGCCAGCUUCAUGCGGACCCAGAAGAAGAGGAGGAUCCUUUGCGUCACCAGGCUGGUGAGCUGAGAAACAAGGAAGCACGUGCUCGAGGACCCGCCUAAGGACCAUUUUGUCGGGUGGCGCUACCAGCUCCCUGGGGUGGCCCACCGGUCGAAGCAUUCGGAAGACGACGACCAUGGUGGACGCCUAUGGAGAGACCCUACACUCCAGCGGUCCCAGCUGCAGCUGCAGCAGAAAAAGCUCCACGCUGUUCCACCUCAGCUGUCCACCUUCAGUCGCUCCAGCCGACCUGGAUUCACCUCACUUCCUCCGCUUGCACCACACGCCGCCUCGCCUGCCUUUGCCGCGAAUGAUGAGCAAUCCUUGCAACCUCGUUUUGACACCAAAGUUUGUGCGGGCUUUCGCACAGAGCAUCUUUAUCAUUUGGCCACUUUUGCGCUUGGUGAUCGAAACGGGCAGACCUAUGGAAGAUCUUGUUUGAUGCAUCCAUGAACUCGGUUUGGUGUCGUGUGUAGUCGGCCACUUGGUCAAAGAGCUUUCUGAGCAAGAGAGAGUGGCGUGUUUUUUCUUGAGACACACCUGGCUGGGU